AUGAGAACAAAACAAGCAACAGUUUUACUCUCGUUACCUGAUGAAUUGUUCAUCUAUCAUAUUUUCAUUUAUCUUCGCUCAACAGAUUUAUUAUAUUCAUUUGGUCAAUUGUACAAUCAACCCAUGAAUAGUCUUGUUUGUGCACAUGUUCGUCAUAUUGAUCUCUUAACUACUAACACACCAUUUGUUCCGAUUGACAAAUGGCUAUCUUACAUUUCGUAUUUGAAAAAAGCAACUUUAUCUCUUCGAACGGAUUUAGAGUAUUUCGACUAUUCACUCUCCUUCCUGUUUUCGCGACUUGAUCUUCAACUCACAGCAACAACACAUCAAAAUAUCUCUAGAUUAUCCUCAUUUACCCAACUGAGAAAACUUUCAAUUACUUCAACUGCUACCAAAGCAGAAAAAAAUAGAAGGAUUGGUCUCGUUUAUAUGGCAACCUGA